GUUUCAUCAUCACGCGGCCACGUGCUCUUCAAAAGCUCUCAAUUCAUACGUUUUUCAUCUCUUUUUAUAUUAUAUUUUUCUAUACACUUUUUAGUUUUAACUCCCCCUCGUAUCAGCAUCAUGCAUCGCGUGCAGAACGCUCAGUCGCACACGGAGGCGUUUGCCCCGGAUAUCCUGGUGGUGGGCUCGUGCUUCCUCGACUACGUCGGCUACGUCGACCACAUGCCGCAGGUCGGCGAGACGAUGCACUCCGACUCGUUCCAGAAGAACUUCGGCGGCAAGGGUGGCAACCAAGCAGUGGCGGCGGGCCGACUCGGGGCGAAGGUAGCCAUGAUGAGCAUGGUGGGCACGGAUGGCGACGGCUCUGACUACAUCAAGGAGCUGGAGAAGAACGGCGUGAACACAUCGCACAUGCUCCGCACCGGCAAGAGCACCACCGGCCUGGCGAUGAUCUUCGUGGACAAGACCUCGCACAACGAGAUCGUCAUCAACCCCAACGCCACUCACCACUUCACCCCCGAGCUGGCGCGGGCGCAGACGGCGAACUGGUCGAAGAUUCUCCACAAAGGACUGAAGUACCUCAUCUGCCAGAACGAAAUCCCGCUCGCCACAACGCUGGAGGUGAUUAAGGAGGCCCACAGCCGCGGCGUCUACACCGUCUUCAACACCGCGCCCGCGCCUACGCCGAAGGAGGUGGUGCAGAUUAAGCCCUUCCUGCCUUGCGUCUCCCUCUUCUGUCCGAACGAGGUGGAGGCGGCGCUGAUGACCGGCGUGAAGGUGACGGACACUGAGUCGGCCUUCCGCGCCAUCAAGGCCCUCAACGCGCUGGGCGUGCGCGACGUCGUCAUCACCCUCGGCGCGGCCGGCUUCGCGCUGUCGGAGAAGGGCGCCACGCCGGUCCACGUCAAGGGCAAGCGCGUGAAGGCGGUGGACACCACCGGCGCGGGCGACUGCUUCGUCGGCUCCAUGGUGUUCUUCCUGAAUCGCGGUCACAACCUGCUGGACGCGUGCAAGCGCGCCAACGAGUGUGCCGCGAUCAGCGUCACGCGCAAGGGCACGCAAAAGUCGUACCCGACGCCGAGCGAGCUCCCGGCUGGCGUGAUGUAG